UAAACCAUUCAUAGUUUUCUUUUCCACAAUCUUAUCACUGUCCUUUCACUGUGAAAAAUGGUCACAAGUUUGUGUUUCCAUACAUAUGGCGGAAUUUAAAAUCGGCAAAUAUCUUGUGACUGUAUUAUUAUUUCAAACAUGUCGAAGUGUUGACGAAAAUUGUGACUACCUGGAUACAAGCAGAAAAGAUCGCACAAACCAUCUUCAGUGCGAGAACUAUGGAUGUUGUGGUGACUUUAAGAACAGACACUGCUGUGUUGGACCAAUACCAAUACUUGCUGGGGUAUUUGGAUCCAUUUUGUUCAUUCUUUUUGUGGCCGUGAUAAUAGGAGUAUGUUGCACUCAUCAAAAGAAAAAGAACAGAACUAUUCCGGUUCCUACAAUUACAGCAGAAAUGUACAACGAUAUACCGCUGCCUUCGCCGCCAUGCCAAACUCCACUUGUAUAUAACCCGACGAGGCUUCAUCCACCACCACAAAUAACACACCCAUUCCGACAUAAUAAAGUAGAGGACGUUAUACCCAACCACCCACCACCAUCAAACCUUCAUCCACCUAGAUUAAAAGCAUUUAGAUCAAAAUGAGCGUUCAAGCUAUAACAGAAACGAUUUCAAUAUAAACAAGUGUCAACUGCACUCGGAGUGCACCAUCAAAACUAGUAAAUUACAUUACCUUACAUAAACUAUAACGCUAGCCAUAAUGCGUUGGUAUAAACCGUAUAUGGCAUGAGCAGAAAACGUCAAGACAAGGGUGUAGCCUACUUUAAAUUUACGGGUAGGCCGAAUUCUAGGGUGUCUGGGCGCCUGUCAUCUUGCUCCGGAAUUUUAGAGGUGCGUUUUGGUUAUACACCAAAUAAAAUGCUCAGGGGAUUGUUAAACAUAUAAGGAGAAAAGUAAAUUAUUUUAAUCUGUACACAUUUCUGAAAAUGGUGAAGGCCGCGGACUACACUCAGAGUUCACUGCAACAUCAACUGGAGUAUACCGCAAGCCUCAGCUCGAAUAAACAGUACUUGGCAAAUUAAGUAUACUAACCAUACUGUUAACCGUGAAGAAAUAUAAAAUAGGUUGAAGCAAGAAAUGGUUAAUGUCCAAACAGUUCGAAAAUGCUUCACAAGCCACAAGCUUUUGGUAGUUAUACAGGAACUGUAACUAUUUGCGACCUUUGCCGUUAUGUAUCCAUCUGUUCAACUUUUGACAGAAAUACAAGUGUAUACAUUUUUGAAGCUAUUACAAUUGUGUUUAUUAUAUCUUUAUCAAUUGAAGCACCUGUAACAUUACUAAAAAGAAACAUGAAAUGUGCGCCUAAUCGGCCAUUAAUUUUUUGACGAAAUUCAUAAAAAAUAUGUUGACAACAUCGUAUAGAAGAAAACUGAGGCAAAAUUACAACUUGCUUUUUUGUACAUACCCCUGUUGCUUUUUUACAAGUUACCGGUAACACUAUACUUAUUUCAUGGAAAUAGAUAUAUUCUGUACAAUGCGAUCAACCAUAUGUGGCGAUACGUUUAUAGUACGCAAUAACAUAGUCACAUUCUAAAAUGCUUUGAGGCGAACAUUUCUUCCACCUUUGAUUUGUUAAUUGUUUGGUUUGAGUGUUUUUUUUUUAAUUCAAUCAUUGUAACGGUAAAUUAUGUUGUCAUACUUAUUGGGUCGGCAG